AUGAAGCUUCGGUUUAAGAUAUUUUUGGAGAAUCUUAAACUUAUCAGGUCUACUAAUAAGAGACGACUCAGUUACAAGCUCGGUGUUAAUCAUUUUGCUGAUUGUACUUGGGAGGAGUUUAAAAGUCAUAGACUUGGUGCUGCUCAAAAUUGCUCUGCGACUCUGAAGGGUAACCAUAAGAUUACUGAUGUUAAUCUUCCUAACGAGGUAUAUCAACAACAACUACUAUCAAUUCUAUGA